AUGUUGGUCCGUGCUGGAAUUGAAGUAAAUCCCGGACCAUGGUUCUGCACGGUUUGCCAGAACCGACUGCACCACAUGUCAACACAAUUAAGGUACAACUCUUGUUUGGGCUGGUGUCACCUUAGGAAUUGUUCCGGACUAAAUCAUGAAAGGGAGUGGUCGGAGAAUUACGUUGCCCCAUGCUGCCAGCGACGUAGUUCAUCGGCGUCUUCGGCAUCAUCGUCGUCAUCAUACGCCACACCUCCACCCUCCCCACCGCAAUCACAACAACUGCAGCAAAUACAACAACAGCAGAAGCAACAACCAUCGCCGCUCACACCAUCGAUUGCAGUCCGUAGACCUGGGGUGAUAUCCAUAUUGCAGUUCAACUGCAAUGGCCUUCAAGGGAAAAUAUCUGAGAUAACCCGAUUUAUGCGCCAACACAACAUCGUGGUCGCUGCGGUCCAGGAGACAAAACUUACGAGUAAUUCCAGUCUGCAAAGUUGCAACCGAUACAACGUUCUCCGAAAAGACCGCACCAGAGGCAACGGUGGAGGCAUCGCAUUUAUUAUACACAACACCGUGCAGUAUCUUUCUCUCGAUCUGAAUUCUAGAGACCAAUAUCUUGAAGUUCAGGGUAUUGCGGUCAGAUCGGGAGAUACGGAGUUGGAGCUCUAUAAUGUCUACAUUCCGCCAGUUGUCCAACAGGCUACCAUCCCGACAUUAGGACCUUACUAG